GUGAUAGUGGUAGGCUAAUGGCAGCCGGUCUGCUCUGUCUCAGGGGCCUGCUGCUGAUGACCUGGGACACAGUGGGAAGGAGAAAGUGUUGACCAGCCCGCUGUAGAGGAAUGCGGCUAGGCUGUGGGGAUUGGUGGAGCGGCUCGGUGUGACUAGCGGACAGACUGAGGGACUGCUGCCUCUACUUCUCUUCCCUUGCCUUAUUCGUGGAAGGUCACAUUGCCACAGUUCUCCAUGGACUUGCAAGACUCCAAGCACACCAUGUGGGGUCUGAACGCCAGACUGAAGGGCUUCCUGGAGCAGGUGAACCGGCUGCAGGAGGCCAACCGGCAGCUGGAGGCUCAGAUAGCCGACUGGGGCGUCAGGAGCACCUCACGCUCCCGGGACUGGUCCCAACAAGAACAGACUGUCAAUGAGCUCCGUGCACAGGUUGGUAAACUACUGAUGGAGAAUGCCCAGCUGGCAUUGCAGUCUGACAACAUGAAGUCCAGAGCUGCUGCCAUCCAGGCCAGGUGUGAGACGGAGGAGAGGAACACCAGCCGUCUGGAGCAACAGGUGGCUCUGCUCAGGCAGUCAAAGAGGAAUGCAGAUCAGAGCAGCAUGACGCUGCAGGCGGACCUACGGCACUCCAUGACAGAGCUGCAGGAGAUGCACCAGGAGUUUGAGGCAGCCCGGGCUCUACAGCUGCAGCGAGUCGGCUCCUGCGAUGCUCUUUUAGUGACGGCCACAACAGCAGCAGCAGCAGCAGGAGGGGAGGAGGAGGAUGGCACAGGGAUGGAGCUCACCCAGCUCCUCGACCGAAUCAGAGCGCAGUGCGAUCAGAGCAGACUUCCUGGCCCGGGCGGGAGACACCUUGGCCUGGGCGCCGUGUCAAAUCCACUCCCCAGCUCGGUCGGGCCUAGCCACUCUGGAGCAGCAGCAGCAUCCAGAACACACGGAGGAGCUCUCAGUGAGGAGGAGGCAGCAUGGGCACAGGUGAGCCUCGGCAGCGCUGUGCUGAGAGAGGCCCGGGCCGAGCUGGCUGAGGCCAGGAAGCAGUGGCACUCCCUGCAGGUGGAGAUUGAGACCCUACAUGCCUUGGAGAAAGGCCUGGAGAGCUCCCUGCAGAACACCCAGCAGCUGUACUCCAGCCAGCUGCAGGACCUUUCCCAGGUGAUCACUGGGCUGGAGAGUGAGCUGGAGCAGGUGAGGAGCGGACUGGCCACCCAGCGCCAACGCCACAGCGAGCUCCUCAACACCAAGAUGAGGCUGGAGCGAGAGAUCUCUACUUACCGACGUCUGCUGGAGCGUGAAGAGGGCAGGUACAUGGGUCGUAACGGGCAGCCAAAGAGUCUGCGGCCCUGGAGGUCGUUCGUGGAGGAGCCGAAGGAGAACGGGCUAGAGAACGGCUUCAGUGACCCUGCUGUUACUCCGGAUGAACCCAAGUCUGAGCCCCUGCCUGAAAUACCUUCUCUCCUGCCAGCAGACAACGGGCUAAAGAAAAGCAUACUGCAUAGACAGCAAAGCCUUGUGAUACUCACAGAGCCAGAGCAAGAUAAAGACUUGCCGAUCUCCACUGUGAAGACUCAGGAGAUUCUUCAGGGCAAUGUGGUGCGAGAGAGUGCAGAGGGUCACGGCACCAUCGAGACUGAGAAGAUUGACAAGGUGAUAAAGCAGUGGGAAGGCUCCUUCUUCAGAGGGAAUCCCAAGCUGCGGAAGAAGUCUGUGUCGCUGCGUUUCGACCUGCACAUGGCAGCAGCAGAUGAGGGGUGUGCCCAGACUAAACAGGACAGCCUCCCCGACGUGGAGGUGCGCCUCAUCAUGAAGAGAUCUCGCAGCAUCCCGACUAUCACACAGUGACUCUGUCACUGGUUCGCUAGAGUCAGCACUGGUGUGUAGCUGUUGGUGGUAACACACUGGUGAUGUUGAAGUUACAGAAAUAACAUCUGGGAUAUUGUCAUCCACUACCAUCAUGCUAAAUAUGAAUUUCAAAUUACAACAAUAAUUAUACUUUGCAUCACAACUGAUGACUGAAACUGAGAUUUCGGUCAACAAACCUGACUCUGGCAAGAUAAGAAUUACCCAUCAGGCUUUUGUGCUAUCGGGGACAUUUUUAUAGUGCUGGAAAACCACAUCAAAUACAUCAGACCUUCAUUACAGAGGAUGAAAAUUUAAUAUGUUACCAUCUUCAUCAUCAUUCUAGAUGAAGAAAACGUGUCUCUCAAAGCUGUCAUUAGUGCAGUAUGAGGUCACUGGACAAAGGAGAUUAUAUUGACCAUAUGACUGCUUAACUACAGCAUUUCAUUCUGAUUAACACUUGGUACAGGAGGCUGAGUGCACAGGUAGAUGGAGGUAAAUGAAGCUGUGGUUUCAUAUUUUUUCUUUAAGGGACUGUACAUAAAUUAUUAGGGCCGGGGGGGGCCUAAUAGUUAGCACUUAAUUUGUUACUAUUCAACUCUGAGCAUCGCAACAGAAAGCAGAACUACAGUAAAGUUAAAUGUAUAUAAAAAAAGCAAAAAGUAUAUGUGCCAUAUAAAGAUUGACUAUACUGAAUAUAUUCUGAAUAUUCAGUAAACAGGAAUCAUAUAUUUUUGGUAAUUGCGAAUUCCACUUGUAUUGUGCAAUUUGGAAAAAUAUUAUUCAUUCAACAUUUAAAGGUUAUAUAUAUGAAAUAGAGCACCAGCAUUUCAGACCAAAGCAGUGUGACAGAUAUAAAAUAAACUUAAAACUAUGUUUGUUAGACUUUCCACAGACUUUCCACCAAUCACCGACUCUGGUUUGGUCAAAACAAACUCUUAAUUCACUGAGAAAAUAUUUGGGAAAAGGGCUCCAGCGACUGCAAUGUAAGCUAACGUAAAUGCACCUGUCAAAGUACAUCCACAAGUUCUUGUUUUUGCCACUGACAGGCUCAGAUUUGUGUUCUGUUAUGUCUGACAACAUUAUGGAAAGGAUCCCUACAGAGAUAAACCUUUUGUUUAACCAGAAACAGCCGUAAU